AUGGCGACCAACGAAGCGUACAUGGUGGUGGGCGGAUGUGGCUUCCUGGGCAGACACAUCGUCGAGAUGCUGCUGGCGAGGGGAGAGCAGAAUGUGUCGGUGUUCGAUAUCGUGCAGAGGCACUUUGACAGCAACGUAACCUUCUACAUUGGAGACCUGGCGAGCUCAGAGGACGUGACGAAUGCCAUCAAAAAGUCCGGAGCAACCUGCGUGUUCCACACCGCUUCCCCCGCUCACGGUGCCGGCCGGACAAUAUAUGAACUCGUCAACGUCUCGGGCACACGGAACCUCAUCGACAGCUGCUUUGACAGCACGGUCCGUCGUCUCGUCUAUACCUCCUCGGCCGGAACCGUCUACAACGGUGAAAAAGACAACAUCAACGUUGACGAGCGUCUGGAUUACCCUGCGGUCGCGCUGGACGCGUACAACGAGACCAAGGUCUCUGCGGAGAAGAUGGUCAUCCGUGCCAAUUCCCCGGAAUUGCUCACCUGCGCCAUCCGCCCAAGCGGGAUCUUUGGCCCGGGCGACCGUCAAAUGAUCACGGGAUUCUACUCGGUGGUUCUCAACAACCAAACCAAGUUUCAAAUCGGGGACAAUACCAACCUCGCGGACUUUACCUACGUCACCAACGUUGCUCACGCGCAUCUGCUGGCAAUGGACAAAUUGGCGGAUGUCUACCCCUACUUUUCAUUCCGGGAUCCCAUCUCCUACGUCGACGCCUCUAUGGGCAAGUACCGUAUCCCCACAUCAGACGCCCACCCCCUCGGCCCUAAUACCUCCCCCACAGAAUCGGACCUACUCCUCGCCCAGCGUUUCGAGUCGGGCGAGCAGGACCCGCGCGACCUCCGUCCGGUCCUCCGUAACAAGCUGGACCAAUUCGGCGAGGAGGCGCAAGAGGAAUCAGAUAGCCCGGCGGAUGGAGUACACGUCGCGGGACAAGUCUUCUUCGUCACCAACGGCGAACCCAUCUACUUUUGGGACUUUGCCCGUACCAUCUGGCGCCAGCUCGGACAUACCCCUCCCUACAUCAUCGCCAUCCCCACCUCCAUCGGCCUCAUUCUCGCCAUGCUCGCCGAGCUAUUCUCCAAGCUCACGCGGAGAGAACCGGGCUUUACCAAGUUCCGCGUGAGCCAGGCGACGCAGCAGCGGUACUAUGAUAUUGAGAAGGCGAGGCGGAUAUUGGGGUAUGAGCCGAUCGUGGGGCUGGACGAGGGGAUGAAGAGGUGGACGAGCUGGUACAAGGGGGAGCUAGAGAAGCAGCAAUUGGUGCGGGAUACCGAAAAGACAAAGUAG